AUGGCGCUGAGUGACCUCCUGGAACUCACUCUGCUGCUGCUGCUGCCCCUGCUGGAGCGGCUCUCGGCCGAGGACUGCCCGUGCUCCGAGGCUUCUCUCUGCCGACCGAUCCGCCACCACCGCGACUUCGAGGUCUUUGUGUUUGAUGUUGGACAGAAAACCUGGAAAUCUUAUGACUGGUCGCAGAUUACGACUGUGGCAGUUUUUGGAAAAUAUGACUCAGAACUUAUGUGCUAUGCUCAUUCGAAAGGAGCCAGGGUAGUGCUAAAAGGUGAUGUGGCCCUGAAGGACAUCAUUAAUCCUACCUUCAGAGCGUCAUGGAUAGCGCAAAAAGUUGCCUUAGCCAAAGCACAACACAUGGAUGGAAUUAAUAUAGACAUAGAACAGGAAGUUGAUUGCUCGUCACCUGAAUAUGAAGCAUUGACAGCUUUGGUCAGAGAAACCACAGAGGGUUUCCAUCGUGAGAUUGAGGGAUCACAGGUAACUUUUGAUGUAGCUUGGUCACCAAAGGGCAUAGACAAAAGGUGCUAUAAUUAUACUGGGAUUGCGGAUGCCUGCGACUUUCUUUUUGUGAUGUCUUACGAUGAGCAAAGUCAGAUCUGGUCAGAAUGUAUUGCAGCCGCCAAUGCUCCCUACAAUCAGACAUUAACUGGAUAUGGUGACUACCUCAGGAUGGGCAUCAGCCCCAGGAAACUUGUAAUGGGUAUUCCCUGGUAUGGCUAUGAUUACAUUUGCCUAAACCUCUCAAAGGAUGAUGUCUGCGCCAUUGCAAAGGUCCCUUUCAGAGGGGCUCCUUGCAGUGAUGCUGCAGGGCAUCAGGUGCCCUACAGGGUCAUCAUGAAGCAAGUAAACAGUUCUGUUUCUGGAAGCCAGUGGAACCAAGACCAGCAAGCUCCGUACUAUAAUUACAAGGAUCCCACUGGCCGUUUGCAUCAGGUGUGGUACGAUAACCCCCGGAGCAUCUCACUAAAGGCAGCAUUCGUCAAACACUACGGCUUGCGGGGCAUUGGCAUGUGGAACGCGAACUGUCUGGACUACUCAGAUGACGCUCUAGCCAGAGAGCAAACGGAGGAAAUGUGGGGAGCCCUGAGACCACGGCUGUGAUACAUACAGAGGAAUGUCUUUUGUCAGACGGUUAGAUUUGCAGGACUGGCCUGUGUAAGCAGAUCUACCUCUUCAAGAGAUAAAAAUAUAUAUUUUGUCAUGUUACCCUAACUUACUUAUUGGUCUACUCAAUACACAGGAAAGAAAUAAAGAAACUAUUCAUUUGUACUUGGAAAAUACAUACAUAUCUUAAAUAUCCAGGAAUGUAAAAGCAAAAACAAGUCAACUUACUCUAUUAAAUAUUCCUCUGUUUCAGUAUUAUAAUUAUAUUAUAUUAUAAUUAGAAAAGUUGCUUUUAGAAUUCCAUGCUGAAUUUUUCCUCCUGUUAUUAAAAUAUACUGUUAAAAACCAAUAGGGAUUUUUAAAAAUGUAUAACUAGUAGACAAGUGAAGAUACUGGAGAAGGGAGUGCACAUGACCAUAGUGUGUUACACACAUGUAUAGACUAUCAUAGUAAAGCCCAUUAUUUUUAUAAUUAAUAUAUGCUAAUAAAAGAUGUGUAACUUGAAAUGG